AUGACGCCAUCUCCUCGCCACAGUAGCGACUCGUCCGCGACUGGGCAUAGUCCACCAGUUGUCGUGCCACUCGAAAACAGGCCUCUUUCACUCGAGCACGCCAACAUCUCCCGCGACACUCACGAGGGCGAAGAUGUCCUCGCGACCUUUCGUCAGGCGUGGUUGGCGGAUAUCGACCAACAGCAGGCUGCCAAUGCGGAACUUGCCACCGACUCUGGGGAGCCUCUCGUUGCACCUGGGCAGUUGACAGCUGUUUAUCGUUUUGCCGACCACUCCGAGCGCGUCUUCAAGGACUCGUCCAAGGCUGGGCUCACCAAUCCGAUCGCGUCAGAGGAGGCCACGGGUGGCGAGGGCAAGCUCCACUCCACCACCGGUGGAACGCAUGCGCGCUUGAUGCAAGUCGAGACAGCGCCAAACAUUGGCAACUGCAACAAGCCCGUGCCCAAGGACCUUCCUGCCACCUCACUUGACCCCAGUCAACAGCCGGACUCUGCCCAGCCCGUCAACAUUCAAAGAGCCACGCAUGACAAUGCCGAAUUGGACGUGACGCACGGUAUCCCGGGCUCGUACUACAUCAACAGCCACGUACAGCCCGUUUCGCCGCCCCGUGGCGAGUCGACAAAUGGCGUGGACAGCAGGGCCCAGGCAUUGGAAACGUCGCUGGCCGCCAUCUCUCCACCCAGGUCGUCGCGCAAGACGGAAGCGCAGCUCAAGAUGCUGGAGGAGGCCAGCGAACCAUUGGCUCCCAAGCAACGAAGAUUCCAAGACGCACCGUUCAACAAAUUGCCCACAGUGGCCAGACGCUGA